ACAAGCCAUUCCGGGCUCACGGUUGGCAAAUUACUUCUUAGUGGAAAUUUAUUUCUCAAGAUUUUGUAAGUAUUGACAUUUGUAGGAUUAACCCCUUCCUUGCAAACCCUAAAGGCCCUGUUAUUCACAAUCUCUGCGCAGCGGCAACAAUGGAGAACAGAAUAUCCUUCAGAAAAAGGUUAAAGUUGAUCACGGAUUCUACUUCAUCGGAAACCUCACCAGCUUCAGAAAAGUUGAUCACCGAUUCUGCUUCAUCGGAAACCUCACCAACUUCAUCCGAAGUCAUUGCUAGCAACGUUGAUCUCCUUUCAGAGAUCCUCUUGCGUCUUCCUCCCAAAUCCCUACUCAGAUUCAUGUCUGUCUCGAAGAAUUGGCUCGAUCUCAUCUCCGAUUCUCAGUUUGGCUCCAAGCACGCUCGCCGAAAUCGCAAUCGCACCGUCUCUGGCUUAUUCUUCUACCACCAUUAUUGGUCUAGAAAUGAACAAGUUAAGUCUGUCUCGCUUCUCGGCCAAUCAAGCCUCCCCACACCCUACUUCAUCGAAUGUAGAAGAGUUAGGAUUGUAAGCUCUUGCAAUGGAUUAAUCUUGUGCGACAUUGAUUGCUUUAUUCACAAUCGCAAGACAACAUGUUAUGUUGUUUGUAAUCUCACCACCCAGGAAUUCACUCGACUUCCCGAACAUGGUGAUACUCAACCACCAGCUUACUUGGCUUUUGAUCCUUCACAAUCACCUCAUUACAAAGUUGUUUUGUAUAAUUACACUCCCCCUUCUUAUCAAUUGGAUAUCUACUCUUCGGAGAGUAAGUAUUGGAGGCAUAUUACUGUCGAUGCACUACCUGUUAAGCGUCUCGAAGGGGUCUUUUGGAAUGGAGCAAUCCACUGGUUAAGUAAUGACCAUCACAUUCGAUUCGAUGUUGGUUCAGAGGAGCUGAUACGAAUUUCAAAUCCUAUUGCUCCUAAAAUUCUUCCUGUGGACAAGGCUAAAUAUUUUGGAGAAUGUGAUGGUCAUUUGAUUCUUAUUCAGAUGCGAUUGCGCUCUGCUAUGGGAUUUAGAAUCCUUCAGAUGGAAAGGGACUCCUUCUGUUGGAUUGUGAAGUGCCGUGUCAAUCUUAGACCCUUAAUUUCUGUCUUCCCUGAGAUAAAUAACACAAGCAAAGACUACAAAUUUCACGUGCUAUGUGCUGCGAAGGGAGGAAAUAAAAACGAGUUGGGACUGGUGUUAGCUACUGCAGGCAAAGUUAUUUAUUAUAAUCUCAAGUGCAAAACAUUGAAGGUGCUUCGUGAUGAUUUUCCCAAAGGUAACUUUCGCGGAUUGUAUUUUAACCAAUAUCAUUAUACUCGUACUUAUCAAUUCAUUGAAAGUCUAUCCCCCGUUUGAAUAUGUUGAACAUGUUGGAACAUAUAUGUUUUGUUUUGAGUCUUUCUUUGUAGAACUUUGUCAUAUUUAUUUCUUAUGAAUCAGUUUCUUAGGGUUAAGACAAUGAAUAUUUUGUCCUCCCAAAUUGCAGUAGGUGCUUGUUAUAAAACUUUCUAAGUUGUAAUAUCUUUUGUUGUUAGAUUGUUAUAAAACUUAAAUUCAGAAUUCUAUAA